GGAUGGUGGGCUGAGCCGGGAGAAGUGCUCCGCAGUGCUCCGAUGGCCUGUGCUGCCAUGCUAGCUAGCAUUACCUUACAUUUUGAGGGCCUUUCUGCUCACUUGACAGGCUGACAUGGCUUAAUGAGCCACAUCCUGGGUGUGUUGUCUCGGAAUACCAAAACCAAUACACGGAUUUUGUUAGAUAUCUAAUCCUAAUGGCUAGUUUUAGAUUGACUGCCAGUAGCAACUAGAUGCUAGGCUGACCUGAUGCUACGCCCUCACACGCUAACUUUAGCCACAUGAACCAGAAGAGGUAUACUAGGUCCUUAGCUGUUGGCACCAAAACAGGAUACAAGUUUUUCUCCCUGUCCUCUGUGGACAAACUGGAGCAGAUAUAUGAAUGUACAGACACAGAGGAUGUGUGCAUUGUGGAGCGUCUGUUCUCCAGCAGCCUGGUGGCCAUCGUCAGCCUGAAGGCCCCCAGGAAGCUCAAAGUCUGUCACUUCAAGAAGGGAACUGAAAUCUGCAACUACUCCUACUCCAACACGAUACUGGCUGUUAAACUCAACAGACAGAGGCUGAUAGUUUGUCUGGAGGAGUCACUUUACAUUCAUAAUAUUCGGGACAUGAAAGUGCUGCAUACAAUCAGAGAGACUCCACCCAACCCUUCGGGGUUGUGUGCCCUCUCCAUUAGCAAUGACAACUGUUACCUGGCGUACCCUGGCAGUGCCAUGAUAGGAGAAGUGCAAGUGUUUGAUACAGUCAACCUGCGAGCCGCAAACAUGAUUCCAGCCCACGACAGCCCAUUAGCAGCUCUUGCUUUUGAUGCCAGCGGAACCAAACUAGCCACGGCUUCAGAGAAGGGCACAGUCAUCCGUGUUUUCUCCAUCCCGGAAGGACAGAAGCUCUUUGAGUUUCGACGAGGGGUCAAGAGGUGUGUGAGCAUCUGCUCCUUGGCCUUCAGCAUGGAGGGCUUGUACCUGUCAGCCUCCAGCAACACGGAGACGGUUCACAUCUUCAAACUAGAAACACAGAAGGAGAAGUACGUGCCAGCAGAGGAGCCCACCACAUGGGGGGGGUACCUGGGCAAGGUGCUCAUGGCGUCCACCACCUACCUGCCCUCCCAGGUCACGGAGAUGUUCACGCAGGGGCGAGCCUUUGCCACAGUACGCCUGCCCUUUUGUGGACAUAAGAACAUCUGCGCUUUGGCAAUGAUUCAGAAGAUUCCCAGGUUGCUGGUUGCAGCAGCCGAUGGCUACCUGUAUCUCUACAACUUGGAUCCGCAAGAAGGAGGAGAAUGCACGCUCAUGAAGCAGCACAGGUUAGACGGCAGUGCAGAACCAUCCAAUGAGAUCCUGGAGCAGGGGUCACAUGAUCGCCCGCUGGUGGCCCAGACCUACAGUGCUGCUGUCACGAAAGGUUACUGUGAAGAGCAGGGCGCCGUAGGUGGGGCGGGGCUUGAAGAAGACCUCAGCAACUUACGCUUGGAGGAGGAGAACGAGCAGCCGCCGCUUAUCCUGGAAACUGACUGACCAAAUGGACGGCUGCGCCCACCAAUCAGAGGGGCUCCUCUGGCGCUGCUCUAAACAAGUGACACGAGGGGAGGAGGCGGCAGGAUCAGAGAGGGAAGUUUUUUUUGUUGUUCUGUGCCGUGUGUCUCUCCACGUACAUACGCCUCCACAUUUUAACUUCCUCCCCUCCUCCUUGUGCUCCUUCCUCUGUUUAGUCUGUGCAGGCCAAACUGAUGCUUUGCAUGUACAUGUGCCAACCGCUCCAACAAAAAGUGUCUGCGAGCGUGUGUGUUGGACUUUGGAUCAAAAUAGAAAUGUAGCUGUGUCUCUAUAGAAGACACACACAAACACACACAGUGUAAAAAGAGAAAUGAUUGUGCAAGUGCCUCUUUGCCCUCCUAUCAUGGUUUCAUCUGUGUGAGAUCGCUCUGCAUUGGCUUAAUAAAAUCCAUUUUCUUUUGUGUCUGAUCUUAA